GGAGGGGGGAGCAGAGCACAAGGUUUGCACAGGUGGUGACGAGGGUGAGGCGGAAAUUCGACUGACGUGCCGACGGGUCGGCGGAGCGCAGUGGCCUACUAAAACUUUUGCAGCAGUGCAAAGCUGAAACAUGAAUCAUCAUAGUGCAGGUAAAAGUACAAAUAUUUGACAUGGGGCGAAAACUAAACUGGGAUGCCCAAGGGGGUGGAACACAAAGUGGCGGCGGAGGAUGGCACCGCCUGAUGAGUCAUUUUGGCUAGCAACGAUGGCCGCCUGCCCCCACCUGAAGCCUGAACAGGAAAAACCCGUUCGAGACCCCAACGAGACGGAACCUGACAGCGCACGUGAUGUGGCCAAGAUCUACUUCUCUUUCCCUGGGGAGCUGCUGAUGAGGAUGUUAAAGAUGUUGAUUCUCCCUCUCAUCACAUCCAGUCUUAUGUCUGGUUUGUCAGCCAUGGACACGAAGGCCAGCGGCCGCUUGGGUGUCCUGACCAUCACUUACUACCUGUGGACCACCUUCAUCGCCGUCAUCGUGGGCAUCGUGCUCGUCCUCAUUAUCCACCCGGGCACUGGCACCGAGAAGGACAGUCACCACGCCAGCUCGGGACCCGUCAUGACUUCAGCUGAUGCUCUUUUGGACCUCAUCAGGAACAUGAUCCCUUCCAAUUUAAUCGAAGCAACCUUCCAGCAGUAUCGGACAGACCUAGUACCCAUAGUGCAGAGUUCCAACGCGAAGGAGUCACAGGCCAACUAUGUGUACGUCAUGCCUGACUAUCACAACCCCCGCCUGGGCCACCCGGUGUUCCUGGACAUCACCCCGGCACCCGACAUCAACUACAAGAUGGUGCCCAGCACCAGCAAGGGCAUGAACGUGCUGGGGAUCGUCAUCUUCUCGGCCACAAUGGGGCUGCUGCUGGGGAAGAUGGGGGAACGCGGAGCACCGCUGGUCAACGUGUGUCAGUGCGUCAAUGAAUGCGUCAUGAAGAUCAUUAACGCUGCCAUGUGGUACUUCCCCUUUGGCAUUGUGUUCCUGGUUGCGGGGAAGAUCCUGGACAUGCAUGACCCAGCCCAUCUGGGAGAAAAGCUGGGCAUGUACUUCAUCACGGUUCUGUCCGGCCUGUUUGUGCACGGCCUCAUCUUGCUGCCUCUCUUCUUCUACUUCUUCACGCGCAAAAACCCAUUUCCCUUCAUCAGAGGCCUCCUGCAGGCUCUCGUCAUCGCUUUGGCAACGUCUUCGAGCUCGGCCACUUUGCCGAUCACCAUGAAGUGUCUGCUGGAGAACUGUGGCGUGGACCGGCAGAUCGCUCGCUUCGUGUUGCCUGUGGGAGCCACCAUCAACAUGGACGGGACGGCACUGUACGAGGCGGUGGCGGCCAUCUUCAUCGCUCAAGUCAACGAGUACGACUUGGACUUCGGUCAGCUCGUCACCAUUAGCAUAACAGCGACAGCAGCAAGCAUUGGUGCAGCUGGAAUACCUCAAGCUGGUCUGGUUACCAUGGUGAUCGUCUUGACCUCCGUGGGGUUGCCGCCCGCCGACAUCUCUCUGAUUGUGGCCAUUGACUGGGUUCUCGACCGCUUCAGGACGAUGAUAAAUGUCCUCGGUGACGCCUUAGCAGCUGGUAUCAUGGCGCAUAUAUGCAGGAAGGACUUUGAGAAGGCCGCCACCCCUGCACCAGUCACCGCAGACGCAGUCAUCCCCACCAUUGUCAAUAACGGAGCAUCAUCCAAACGGAGAGACACAGUGAUUUCCGUGGGCAACCAGAGCGUGACCCUGUCCGAUGCACCCUUAAUCGCGCACCGCUGCGAUUUCAUGUUCGAGGUUGAUGGCGACAAUGUUUUAGAGAAACCUGUGACCUGCUACAAUUUAUGCCAAGUCUGAGACUCUUUACCAGGACGGACAGUUAGCGGGCCUGCCUUCCACCGACUAAACACUCAUUUUACCAGAGACCAAAGGGAACCAUCGUGAGACUUAAGAUGCGGCUUUUCAGUUUCUUUGCCAGUGCCAAGACAACAAAAAUCUUCACUACUUGAUCUACAUCGUGCUGUUUGUCUCAAAUGGAUUUUGUAUGAGAGCGUCUGCAGCCAAUUAGAUAAAUCCGCGGUUGUCACAUCAGACCUCUACAGUAGACCUACCCUAAUGAUGGAUUAGAAUCUAAUCCAGUUGCCUUAAAGUGAUCCGUCGUGCUAAAACCGCAACAGCUGAUUGACAGCGAGAAGUGUCAUCAAAUGAACUUCAAGCAAAGACAUCAUAAAUGGCAACAUUUUCCUCGGAAUCACAUGAGAUGGUCAACUGUCUUUUUAUAACAAUGUCUGCUUUUUUGCGUUUACGUUUUCCAAUUAAAAGUUGG